AUGUCUUCCGUCUUUUACAACAUGGAUAUGGAUCUCCCAGUCACCGGAAAUAUUGACAUGAUCAUGGACAGCCGGGACAUUCUCGCCCCAUUUGACCAUUUGGCAGAGGAGUCUGAUUCGGAAAUGUUUCUGGGAGACGACAACAAAGAGAACGAGGAGGUCAACGAGGAUACUCCCAAGUCUCAACCCCGUCCUAGCAAACGGGCCACCCGCCAGCCACUCUCGACAUCAACAAAGUAUCGUCUGGGGCCACGCAGAAAAUUGACCGAAGAAGAUCUCGACUUUGAGAUAUACAGAGACGAGACAGCUCAUGACCACCCCCAAUGGAGAAGAGAAUACUACGGCAGCAACCUCCCUGCCCUUGGCGAAAUCCACAACGGCAUGGCCGAAUACGUGUGGAACAUUGCCCAGGAAGAGCCCACCAAUCUUGAGCGUCUGGCCGCCGCCUAUGUCUGGGACGUGGACUGCGAUGCUCUGGAUACCUGGCUCUGGGUCCAAGACAAGGGCUACGAUCGCAACUGGACCGAGCACCAGAAGGAAAGAUUCGUCGAGUUCCUACAGUGGAUGAAGCCACUCAUGGAGAUAGCCAUGGUCGUUGCCGCUGUCGACCGCGAAGAGGCAGAACAUAUCGACGAGUGGAACAAUCAACUCAUACGGGGGCAAUUUGACAGCCUCGGCCUCCACAACCUUGACAUCACAAAGAGUACCCUGGCGCAAGUCACCUUUGUGCCCGUCGGAGAAGACGAGAACAUCCUCCACCGGGCUGACUUUACGGAGGAGGAUCAGGCUUGCAUAGAUGAGCAGUGGAACGGGCCUGGACGUUGGGCUCCUGGGGAAGAGGCGGUGCCUCCAUUGGAGAAAAUCCCUUCUCCGGCGGAGACUGAGUGGGAAUCUUCUGAGGAGGAAUCCGAAGAGGAGAGUGACGAGGAAGACGAGGAGGAGGAAGAGCCCUAUGAGAUUGAGCCGGGGUUUGAGGGGGAUGAUUUGAUUGCCUUUUGAGGCCAUUGGCGAUGAUAGACUGUUAUGAAUUAUGACAUUUGGAACAACAUUUGGCAGCGAUACCCGAUUGAUUUGGGAGUUAUUUGGUGUUUAUAUGGGAUUUGAUACCACAUUGGUUUAAAGAUACCCUAGCGUUGAUUUUGUC